UAUUUUGUAUAACGGUUUAUAAUUUCGUUAUUCGAUUUCAAUAAAAUGGGCAGGACAUUUAUUGACUAUUUGUUCUUCCACGACUAAUUACUAUGUACGCCCAACAAAGGAGAAAAAUGCUCAUAAUGGGGCACUACAAGUUCACAGGCGAUGUCCUAGGCCAAGGAAACUUCGGCAAGGUGGAGGUUGCCCAACAUACUGUCCUGAAUAUUAAGGUGGCGGCCAAAAUAAUAGAUAUGAACAAAAUAAAAAUGGAUUACGUCUUUCACCACCUUUAUCGAGAAGCAGUGUGCUUGUCAAAGCUCAACCACCCCUGUAUAGUUGCCCUCUAUGAAACGUUACAGGGUCCAAACAACCUGUAUUAUUUAAUGAUGGAGCUGGCAACGGGCGUGGACCUCGGAGAUCUCAUCCGGAUGCAGCACACCGGGCAAUUAGAAGAGAAACGGGCGAAAACUUUUACUAGACAGUUUGCGUCCGCCCUGGCACACAUGCACAAUUUAGGCGUCGUGCACAGGGACUUGAAACUUGAAAACGUUAUGUUAAAUUCAUUGCACACUCAAAUAAAAAUUGUCGACUUCGGAUUAAGCAGCAUUUGGUCCUACGAUUCUCCAUUAAAGACCCACUGCGGAUCACCAGAAUACGCAGCACCGGAAUUAUUCCUUGCUAAUACACAAUAUGGACCAGAAGUAGAUAUGUGGAGCUUGGGAAUUAUUGUGUAUGCAAUGGUAAAUGGACAUCUCCCAUUUCAAGAAAAGAGCUACAUAGUAUCCGCCCAGCCACGUCGCCAACAAUUAAUAGCCGACAUAUCUCGAGGACUAUCUGAGAACCAAAAGAGAUUGAUUAGCCACUUUACUCUAGAUUUUCAAAGUUGUUUGCUUGGUUUAUUGAACAUUGAUUCAAAUAGAAGACUAAACGUCAAAGAAUUAUUGCAACAUGCAUGGAUUACUGAAAAUGGAAAAAAAGUAAUUCUGACCAAUCCUUUAUUAAGCUUGACUCAUUCACGUCAGGCUAAAAUAUUAAAAGAUAUAAGUAAUAUGACAAAAAUUGAUUUAAAUCAAGUGAUUCAGUUUAUCAAAGAAGACUCGCUAAGCAAAGUUGCCGUUAUGUACCGUAUAUUAGCUCAUAGGCACAAACUAAAAGAAUUAAAGGGAGAUGGCGUAAGCAGACUUGCGACUAGUCAUGAUGGAGAUUGCAACAAUCUAGAAGAGAUAAGGAAGAAUGGCGAAGUCAAUAACAAAGAUCCUAAGAAGCUGCCAUCACUAAAGGGGAUUGAUUACCGACAAUAUCAAUCGGUGACCAUGAGACGAAAGGCGUAUUCAGCAACGUUAAACCGAAAACAUAUUAAGAAAAACCAAAUUGAAUUAAAAGCAUCGACUGCAGGACCACACAAGAAAUCGAAUAAUAACACCGUAUAUGGGUUGGGAGCAUUGAAUCGCCGAAACAGUAACAAAAUAAACGAACUUAUUGAAGUGGCCGUCUUCAGACCUGAAGCUUCUAGACCUCCAACACGAAAAAAGGAACAUCAGGAAACAGCUGUUCCACAAAACACCAAGUCAAAUCAUAAGUCCAAAGGAUCUGACGUCGAAUUAUAUAGAAAGUCAUAUGAUAAACCAAUGGUAAUUAGACCAGGAAGUCGUAAAAAGUCCGAUGGUCCCAAGCGUUCAGAUGCCAAAACAAUUCAAAAGAAAUCGAAAGACCAUAGGCCUGCUACCUGCAUUCCAGUCAAAUCAUCCCAACUGGAGGAAGAGAAAUCGUUUGACUACCGCAAUAUACAAUCAACUACUCUUCGAAGAAUGGCAUAUUCGGCCACAGUGAAAAACAAAAAUCAGAGGAAAGCAAGAAAAUCCUGUGCUGUGGAAAAUUUAAAACGUGAUGGAAAGGAUACGUACGUCCAUAAAACUUUGAAAAGGAAAACAACCGAAAUUCACGACCCACUGCCGGACUCCAAACAACGAAUAAAUGCAAGACAACAUUCCCCUGCAGCAAACAAUCAUCGAUCAAAUACCAUACCUGUACGAAAACUUAGUAGUGGCAACGAAGCACUAAAAAUAAUUUCAAGAGAAGCAGUUAUAGCUAGAGCGCAAUUAAGGUAUUAUCAAGAAGGAUCGGAUAAAGAAAAACAUACAGAUUCUGACCAAAAAAGGAUUAAGUCAAAACAAGGGUUUUCAGUAACUAAAGCCCAGCGGAGACUUGGCGUUAGUUUAAAACGUAAUGCAAAGGAAGGCGCAUUUGGUAAAGGCCGUUUGAAAGGAAAAUGCUUCAUUGAAAAUCAAGAACGAUCAACGAACAACAAAAAACAAAGAAGUCUCGAAGAUGCUCAACGGGCGAAAUCAAGACAACUCUUUUCGGGAACUAAGGUUCCAAGAUCCAAGAUACCCAGCCGAAAAAAUAACAUGACAGAAACUUUAAAAUGUGAUUCAAAAGACACGUUCAUUAGUCAGACACAUUUGAAAAUGAAAACAUCCAUUGAAAACAAAGAAGUUAUGUCCAUUAAAAAUAAGCAAUCAUUUACGAUCUGUUCAGACAUUCCAAAAAGGCUUAAAUCAAGAAAAUUAUAUUCCGGCACAAAGAACGUACGAUCCUCAAGGAAACAUUGUGUUAAAGGCUUAGAGGCAGCACUCCGAUAUAUCAGACAAACGCCUACAAAAUCGAAUUCAAGUCAGGAGAUUGGAGCUUGUGGUGAAGGGGCUACAACGCAGACAUCUUCGAAAACAUAAUAAAUGUCAAUAUUAGAAUAUAUAUUAUUUUUAAUAUACAUAUUUAUAGUACAUAAAAUAUACAAAUUAAAUUAAAAAUGUUGCUUUUAAGACAUA